AUGGUGUGUAAUAUUCACCUGGCAGGGUCCCAUCUGCCCAAAGGGGGGCUGCUGGUCCUGUUUUCCCUCAGCUGCAUGCUGUUCUCGUCUCUGGGAGAGAGCCUUCCAAGUUUCAUCACAUUUCCUGUGAAUCAGACGGGCAUCUCGGGUGGAGUUGCUUCAUUUGUGUGCCAGGCCACAGGAGAGCCAAAACCCACAAUCACCUGGUUCAAGAUAGGCAAGAAGAUCAGCAGCCAGCGAUUUGAGGUGAUUGAAUUUGAUGGAGGUUUGGGGUCGGUGCUGCGGAUCCAGCCGCUGCGCGUAGACAGAGAUGCAGCCAUUUACACGUGCAUCGCCAGUAAUAGUGCAGGCGAGGUCAACGUCAGUGCCAGACUUGAAGUGCUGGAGGAGAACAACAUCCCCCAUGACUUUCCCUCCAUUGAUAUGGGUCCCCAGCUUAAAGUUGUUGAAAAAAGCAGAACUGCCACAAUGCUGUGCGCUGCCAGUGGAAACCCAGACCCAGAGAUCUCGUGGUUCAAGGACAUGCUUCCUGUGAAUAUCAGCAGCAGCGACGGGCGCAUCAAACAGCUUCGCUCAGGAGCGCUGCAAAUUGAGAACAUUGAGGAGUCGGAUCAGGGGAAAUAUGAAUGUGUCGCCACGAACAGCCUUGGUGUGCGUUACUCUGGUCCCGCCAAUCUCUACGUACGAGCACGAAGAGUCCCGCCCAGGUUCUCCAUUCUACCCUCCAGCCAGGAAGUGAUGGCAGGCGACAGUGUCAGUCUCACAUGUGUAGCAGUGGGCUCACCAAUGCCAUAUAUCAAAUGGACCAUGGGCCCGGUGGACCUGACCAAAGAAGACGAUAUGCCAAUAGGGCGCAAUGUGCUGGAGCUCACCAACAUUCAAGAAUCAGCUAACUACACAUGUGUGGCCAUGUCUAGUCUGGGCAUAAUUGAAGCUACUGUUCAGGUUACUGUGAAAGGCCAGGACGCAGAUCCUCUCAUCACUGGAUGA